AGUUUGCAGUUGACAGCUUCAACACACAACCAGCACUACCCAGAUUCUGAUAUCCUCAAUGCUGUUUCUUUGGUCGUGAACGUGAUUCAUAAUUAUGUGCUUACAAUAAGACGACGAAAAUAAGUUAGCCUGUCAGACCUCCUUUUGUUACACUUUGGCAACGGCGGCUUGGAACAAGCUUAAGACACGGGAGCAUGGUGCGGAGAGAAACUGCACGCAUUACCAGUGUCAGCCCAAUCGGAAGGCGGUGAGUACUUAUCUUCUGGAAGGCUUUCUCCAACAACGCUACAAAGCCACCAAGCUGCAGGGUUGUCUCGAUGCCGGCGGAAAAAAACUCCCCCGAAGGGGCCAAACCGAAGAGCCCGCAGACAUCGCCCCGAGGGUCGCCUCGGAGGCAGAGUGUCGCGCAGCCGAGUACUGAUAGUACGCUGACGUCGCCGAAAAGGACGGCCGAGAAUAAGGAAACGCCGCACCCGACGCCACGACAGCUACCGGCCGAGCCCUCACAUGUCGACAGCGAAGAUUCCUACGCGUCCCCCGGCAGAGGAAAACGCAUUCUCAUCGCCCUGGACUCCAAUUCCGGAAGCAUUAUGCAGAUACAAAGUUCCCCGGCACGUGCGCUCUCUUUGCGUUUGUCAUGUCGUAAAGCUAGUGCUGGCGUUGUAUGAGCAUCGCUGCAGUAGUACCAAAAAAAAAUAGCGAAGUCACCCUAGUAGUGGCGAGAAUUCGAUUUACAACUACAGGUAGAACACAACAUCUAGUACUGAGAUAUUUCAAAGACCCGGGGAAGAUCCAAAAAUAUGAGGAAGUAAGAAUAUCGAGAAAUGUACAAGAAAUCUACGCGCAAAUAGGAUUUAGAUUUAUGCAGCUAUCUACGCGCUAACCAAUUUUCUUCAAACUAAAUUUUCAGAGGCAGGUCGCUUGUGUGUAGGUCUAGGGUAGCUAGCGUCGUAGUUAUUACUACGAAAAAACAUGUUUUCACAUGAAAGCCGCACUUUGAUGCCGUCGGCAUAAGUUUGUUUCCAUUUUAUUUUCACGACAACUACUUUGUGCCUCCGACUCCAUUCGCGCUACCACGGUAGUCGUAGUUACCUACGGCCAUUUUUGCCUGGCUACCAUGUAUCCAGUACCGAAGAUGAUACUUCCGUCCAUCUUCCUAAGUUUGCUAGUGUGGUCAGCACAACAAGAGAUGAUUUGAUACGUAGACACUACAAACAUUUUGGUACUUCUGUAUCACUACUUUUCUUGCUGUAUGGGGCGCUCAGCAAGUGAAGUAGUGUCAGCUGUCUCAGCUGCACAGCUCAGUUCUGUGCAUGAGGAACGAUGCGCGUCGCGCGCCGGGGCUUUCCAUUUGUAAAGAGAGAACCAACACCGCGACUGCGACGGAUUCGUCGACGCGCCACGCACCGGUGCGACCCAGUGUCGAAAGGUUACUGCAGUCGUUUCUCGCCCUGCAGUCGCAAGUCGCGGGAACAUGGUUACCGUUUCUGGAGCAGGACAUGGAGUGGAUGCUCCACCUCGUGCGCGCGCUCUUCCUGUCCCAACCGUCCUUACUCGAGCUCGCCGCGCCGGUCACCAUCAUGGGCGACACGCAUGGGCAGUUUCACGAUUUGUUGAGGCUCUUCGAGCUGGUCGGGUACCCCGGCACGAAAAACUUUCUCUUCCUCGGAGACUACGUGGAUCGGGGGAAAAACUCCCUGGACGUGGUCGCGACCUUAUGCAUUGCAAAUAUGUCUGGGUCUGGAAGACUUGGGGAGUUUGUCGUGCACAUUUUGCAGGAGCCAUGAUGUCUGUGAUGCCUGCCCUAGCAUCACAGAUUUUUUGAGGCCUUCUUAAUGCCUAUUGCGCAUGACAAAUACCCUCUCCGCGAAGCAAAUGUUGCCUUCCCUUUGCUGCUCGUGCAAUACAGAUUUUUUGGGAUUCCAAACGCAGCAUCACAAGUUACAUUCUUCCAGACCCAGACAUUUUUGCAUUUGAUAGACCUUGUUCUGCUACAAGGUCCAGUACCCCUACAACAUGUUUCUCCUGCGCGGCAACCACGAAACCGCGGCCACAUCCAGAUGUUACGGCUUCUUCGACGAAGUCAAGCGACGGUAUAGCUCGUUUGUUUUAGUGUGCCCAUAUAUAUUUGUUGCUGCAGCUGCUGGCCAGCACUUGCAGAUGCGUCACGCAAUGGCCGCGAUAUUAUGAUAUAUAAAAGUCUGCGGAUUGUCAUUGUGCGAAACUACCAUCUUCUUUCUUCAGAAGGGAACGUACAGAUCAACCAGAAACUAGCAAAAUAUAAGAUAAAACCGCUCCACAGGUCCGGCGUGAAGCUCUGGCGGCGCUUCGUGGACGUAUUUAACUGUAUGCCCCCCGCGGCUCUGGUGGGCAAGCGAAUUCUGUGCAUGCACGGAGGUAUCUCCCCUACGAUCAUGGAGUCGCUGGACCCGAUCCGCGAGUUGCAGCGUCCGUGUGAGUGUUCGGACAGCGGCCUGCUGGCCGACCUGUUGUGGGCGGACCCCGAUGCGCGAACCUCGGGGUUUCGUUAUCAAAGUGAAAAAUGCCCCCACCCCCGAACUUGGGAGCAUUUGUAUUGCAAAAACUUCCAAAUGAAACAUUCGCCCUCUUGCAUCUAUCAGCAUCACAGAGUUCCAAUCGUGAAUAGCAAAAAUUUGUAUUGCAAAAGAACUCAGCAAGAGUGGCGCUUGUCAUGCAAGCGAUGCGAUACACGCCUAGACUCUGCAUCAGAAAGAUUCAUAUUUCUUUCAUGCAUGACAAAAAGUUUUCAUUUGGAAACUUCGCAUCACAAGUUUUUGCGACUUUUGGGGUGGGGGCAUUUUCCACUGUAAUAUCCGUCCGAGUGACCGCGGGAUCAGCUACGCGUUCGGCAGUGACAUCGUGCGGAACUUUAUCCUGAGAAAAAAGUGUUACAGUUACACAUUGGGUUGCAGGCCAAGCAAGACAGACAAGCACUGUCAUGCCGGAUAUGCGUAGGAGCCUCCUUUCGCAGGUAUUUUCCCGUGGGAUUUCUGCAUUGCAAGUUUUCUCUCUCAUGCAGAGAAAUUUGUGUUGCUGAAUUGACAACAAAUGUGUAACUGUAACACUUUUUUCGUGCGAUAAACUUCGUGCAGAAGCACGACCUGGAUCUCGUGUGCCGGGCCCACCAGGUGGUGCAGGACGGGUACGAAUUCUUCGCCGGACGCUCGUUGAUCACGAUUUUCUCGGCCCCCAACUAUUUCGGGGAGUACGACAACGCCGCGGGGGUGCUGGACGUCAGCGCCGAGCUACUCUGCUCGGUGAAAACCCUGCAGCCCGUAGCCCGCGAAGCAAACGAGGCCGAAGAGGCGGUCGGUGUCGUCAGCGACAGUUAAUAGUGCUCCUGUAGUUGUUCGGACUUUUGCAAGGAUGUCGGGAUGAGUGGUUCCGUUGCACAACAUACAUAGCAGAUCGGAAGAUGUUGACAUAGCAUACGCCUCAUGAUGAAAUAACAAGCAUGAAAGUGGCACGGGCACGAUCCUGAUGUGCCUUCUGCUGGCUGCAGAAACGAACACAAAUAGAGAACUCGUUGGCGACUUUUUCAUACAAACAUGUUGAGGUGAACAUAGAAUAAAGUCACACGAGUACUACCUCAUUUUUUUUCGCGAUGGAAACACACUCUGACUGUCUAUUUAAGACCGAAACAAGGCACCUGAUUGUUCCAAGGCUG